GGUUCAGUUUACCGGCUCAUUUCGUUGUGUGAACAUCGUUCCGUUCAAUCGGUCAGAAACCUAUAUAUAUUCCGCUCGAUGAAAUAAAACUAAAUAAAACAUAUCCUUUUUAAAUAAAAAGGCUUGAAGGAUCAACAUUAAGGAGUCUGAAAUAAAUAUAAAUGCUGUGAAAAGGAAGAAAUAGUUAGUGAAUUUUGUGAAAAAUGCUUUUAAUAUUCAAGAGAUCAUAAAGAUACCGUAAACCCCCAGAAUAAACGCCAGAAUUAUAUAUUUAAUUAGAACCAUCAAUAUGAGCUUAAAAGUUAAAAUGAAUCUCCUUAUCACCAUGCUGGUGGUUGUGGCCGAAAUGGUGAGCGGAUACUCAAGGUAUCCGAUGGAUACCACAACGCAUGCCAUUGCUCAUAAUUAUGGCUCGAGAGACUUCACCUUGAAAUCGCACAGUGGCAUCAGUCCCCUGUCCCAGCCGAUAACACCCUCUCCCGAGGAUUACGACGAGUACGGGGCAGUAUCACAAUGGGGCGGUCGCGUGCCACGUCAUCAGCCACCGUUUCUUCGGAAUCACGUCCGCUACUCGUACUCCGAUCAUAGCAAUUAUGUGAAUGCAAAUUCGUUGGACGACGGCUUUCAAUCUGAUCAGGCGCCAGUGGGGGAGGUGACAGCCGACAAGAUGAAUAGAUUGGGAACCCCAGACGCCGUCCCAGAGUCCAGAAGAACCUUCCCAACGCAGACGUCGUCACCCUCGGAACUUGCCAUGAAGCAUCUUACGGAGAUUCGACGAGAGGGCAGAUGCCGGAUACCAAGAAAGGAGCUAGUCUACAUGAAUGAGGAGACAAAUGUCCAGUAUUUUCCACGGGCCACGUUCCUCCAUCGAUGCAGCAAGUUCUCCGGAUGCUGUGAACUGGGUUACUUGUGUCAGGCGAAAAAUAACACCGUGGAAAUAGUGGAGAAGUACUUCUAUGUGGCGGUCAAUGUCAACGAUCAGGGAGCGAAGCCCAGGCUGAUACAGUUGCAGAAUCACACCGAAUGCGAGUGUGUGAAGAUAAACGAGAUACGCCGGAAGAGGAGUACCAGUUGCCAGUGCCCCAAACACUUCACCGACUUCAGCCUGUCGGAGUCACAGUGGGGCGAGAGGAUAAACACAGUCCUGGCGCAGGAGCAGCGGUGUCGAUGCGACUGCCACCUGAAUAAUGAAACCUGCAAGCGGCUGAAGAACGGAGAUGAGGGAUUCUCCGUCAUGGAACGACGACGCAUGCAGCGGGGAGAGAGCAGUCCUCCAUUCUGUAAUUACGGCCUCUACGAUAUGAAAAACGGACGUUGUCCGCGUCUAUAUCAACAUUCGAAUACGAAUCCGAGCCUCCAGCACCAUCACCAAUUCCAAUCCAAGGGCCACAACGGCAAUAGCUAAACCAAAUCCCCCAAUGAACACCUUUGAGAACUGUGGAUAAACUUAAUAAUAAUUCUAUAAUAUUAAUAUUUAAUAUAAACGCAUAUUGAGAGAUGUACUGUGCCACUAAAAAGGAGACUCUCAUGCCGAAGGACCUUUCACAUAUUAUGUCCUUAGUAUUAUUGCUUUUUUCUGGCUAAUUAAUGAAAUUUAAAUCAAUCGUGGAAUCAAGCCUGUGGAAAUAUUCAAAACCAUUCGAAUAAUUUAUUAUCUUAAUGCUAAAAGGCCAGUGAAACCGGAAACUAAAAAAAUACAUACAUUUAAAUUAAUCGAAGACGUCUUCGAGUCUCAAGAUGAAGUAUUGCCAACCUACAUUCGAGUGUACUUAAGUUAUUGUCGAUUAAGUUCAUCUCUUAAGCUCCUAAUGUAAUAUAUACUUAUAUAUAUAUGUCUGUAUACAAUUAAAACGAUGCUUCUAGUCAUAGCAAGCGAUUUAAUUUUC